AUGUCGCGGCAUGAGAAAAAGGUUACUAGCGAGGAUGACGCCUGGAGUAGUAUGAUGUAUUUUUCCGAUGGGGCGGAGAGCAGGCGGAGUGGGAUCCGAAAGGACGAGGAGAAGAAUGCUGGGAGAAGAGAAGAGAAGAGGAGAGGAGGAGAAGUCGAAGAUAAGAAUGGGGCCACGCCAGGACAACAUACGCGUAUUGACGACAGUACACAUACUACCCUAACUAGUAAGGCCGAGGGACGUCGUAUCGUAUGCUCGGACGGGACUAGAGUCCUCCCGGUCCCGUACUUUAUGUGUCACUGGUCCACUCCAUCCACCGCCAAAAGUAACCUCAGUGGUACUUCCCAGUUUAACGUCAAUGCUAUCAACGCUGCCAACUCGACCACCACUGACAACUCUGACAACUCUGACCAGGGGCAAGCUCUUGAUUGGAAAAAGGCCAGGCACAAAAGUUAA